UUUUCAGUAUUAGCCGUUAACUGUCAAGUGUUGUUAUCACAUUCAAAAUAAACUGAUAUGUUUUUCUCAUUCUUGAAAUUUUACAUUAAUUUGCUAUAUUACUUUGAAUGACACCGUUAUAAUUUUUUUUAUUUCAACUAAUGUUUAAUUGAACAAAUGGUUUUGUUGGACGUUAAUUCAAAGGUAUAUGACGCGGGCGAAAGUCCUAGUGUGUAUAAGACUGCAGAAAUAACCAAGACGGAUAUGGCGAAAUCACGCCAAAAAAAUAUUUUAACUGAUGACGAUGAAUAUUUUGAACAUCUUACAUCUGAACAGUUAAAUAUGAAGAUAAAAAUGUUUCGAAAUUUAUGUUUAGAAAAUAAAAUAAAUGCGUCAAAUGCUUUUGACAUUGAUUUAAUUGGACAUUUUGCAUUUUGGUUAGAAAAAAAUAAGCAAACAAAUAAUGCAGAUAUUUGUUCAUUUCAAGAAAUGGCUGAUAACCUUGAGGCUAGUGCAAAAAUAUAUGGAUUUAGGGUAGAUAAUUUUAGUGAAAACACUAGUAAAUUGGUUGAGCAAGUAAGAGCAAUUAAAUUUAAAAAAGAUAUGGCAAAAUUAAAUGAUGGCAAUGAACCCAUUAAAAUUCAAAAACCUAAGAGGCUUAAAAUGAUGUUAACAGUGGCUGACAAAUUAAAACGUAAACAAACUGAAGUAAAUCAACUGGCUGAUCCUACCAUAAAACAAAAUUCUAACUUUGAUUUUAAUGAACUUUUUGAUUUGGGCCGACCAUCAAAUUAUCCAAUAUCUUUAUAUUUAAAUACUUCUUUAAAAGAAGAACUUGAUAAUUCUAAAGUAAAAACAAUAAAUAAUGAAAAAAAUUACUACUCAAUAUCUUAUAUCCAAGGUAUGUUUUCAAAACAAACUAUUUGCCCUAACUUUUGUGGUUUUUUAUCAGAAGAAGAUAAGAUAAAUAUUGGAGAAUUAGUGCCUCAAUUAGAAGGUAUAGAAAAUCGGUUUGAUCCAAAUGAUCACCCAUAUCAAAACAUGCAAACAGAUGUAUUAUUACCAAACUCUACAUGUACUUAUGAUGACUGUAAUGCAAUGGAUAUCAGUCCACUAGAAAAUAAUGAGCCAGAAAUUAGUAGACUUUUAAAUUGUAUGGAUGAUAUUGAAAGAGAUUAUAGCUUUUUUAACCCUCAGUUAUUAGCAAAAUGGAAAGGUCCAAAAGCUUGGAAAACACAUGCUAUGGUCAAAGCACUCAAAUCUUGCAAACCAUAUGAUCGUAAAAAUAUUAAGGAUCCAAGUAAUGAAAUAGAUAUUGAUGAUAUAAGUCAAAUAUGCAAACAACCAAAAACACCUAGACGUCGUAACAAAAUAUUAAAUGAAACAAUAAAAUUAAAUUGGACAAAAAUUGAUAAAAUAGCUGAAACAUUAGAAAAUAAUACUCAAAGUAAAGAAACAUUACUCCCAAGAAUACUUCAAAAAUGGGACGCUUUAGAUAAUUUAGGUGAUACUAAAGGAAUAAUUAUUGAUAUAAAACACAAAUUUAUGUUUUUAGAACACACUGAAAUUCGGCCAAAUUGGUGGUUAAGAGAAAAGAAUAAAAAAAACAAAAUUGAAGUUAAAGACUAUUCUCAACAUCAUGAAAACAACAAUGAACUGCAUGAGUCAAUUUAUGAUAAUACAUUAAAUGACAGUCAUUGUGGCAUUAUCAAUGAUGAUCCCAUAAUGUCACAAAUUCAAGAUAUAAAUAGUAAAUGUGAUGAUUCUUAUACUACCAAUAAGCUUUGUUCAGAAGUUGAUUUUUGUAAACCGGAAGUUCAUUUAGACAUUGGUACUCUUAAAAAGCAAAUAAUAGAAAUUAUUAAUAAGGAAUGUAUUAUAUCAAGUUCUUCCAGCAAUUGGAGUAGUGCAUUGUCCUUUAAAGAUUUAUUAAUAAAAUUAAAUUUUUUCAAAAGAGAAGACCUUAGUGUACCACUUGUUUUUGUUGCUCUUCUGCAUUUAUCUAAUGAACACUCUUUAUCAUUAACCCAGACCUUGACUCUAAAUGUCAAUGAAAUUGAUGAUGUUAAAAUUUGUAAGCCUAUAAAACUGCAUUAACACUGUCCUUUGUGACGAAGAAUUAAAAACUGUUUAAUAUUUAUCAUUUAUUUUUACCUAGCUCAGUA